ACCAAAGGUAUUCAGAAACAUUAGAUAGUAAACGUGAAUCUCCUAUAAUAUAUAUACUUUAACAUAUAAUAUUUAAACAUUGAAUGUAGUUCCGCUCCAAACUAUCCUGUGUUGACACUUUGGGCCGAGAGAGCGUUAGUUCUCGCGAGAACCAACGCCCCUGUUCUCGCGAGAGCAGAGCGUUGUUAUUGCUACAGGUUAGCAUAGCUAGCACGCAGCCAAGCUAUCGUGAUAUCAGCAGUCUUUCUGAACGGUUGGGAGUGCGAUGAAUGUAUUCGGAGCCCUAGACGAGGCAGACAGGCCACGGCAUCACCCUUUCCUAAUAGGGGUCAGCGGAGGAACCGCCAGCGGCAAGUCAACAGUUUGCGCCAAGAUCAUGGAGCUCCUAGGCCAAAACAAGGUGGACCGCCGGCAGAGGAAGGUGGCGAUUAUCAGCCAGGACUGCUUCUACAGGGUCCUGACUCCAGAGCAGAAGGCGAAGGCGCUGAAGGGCCAGUACAACUUUGAUCACCCAGAGGCGUUUGACACCGAGUUAAUGUAUGAAACCUUGAAGGACAUCGGGGAGGGAAAGGUGGUUGAAGUUCCAACGUAUGACUUUGUCACUCAUUCCAGGUUGGAGGACAGGAUCACAGUUUACCCAGCAGAUGUGGUCCUCUUUGAGGGGAUCCUGGUCUUCUACCCCCAGACAGUGCGUGAUAUGUUUCACAUGAAGCUCUUUGUGGACACAGAUUCAGACGUCAGACUGUCUCGCAGAGUUCUGCGGGACAUGACGAGAGGGAGAGACCUGGAGCAGAUUCUCACGCAGUAUACAACAUUUGUCAAGCCUGCCUUUGAAGAGUUUUGUUUGCCUACAAAGAAGUAUGUAGAUGUCAUCAUUCCAAGGGGAGUUGACAAUAUGGUGGCCAUCAACCUCAUUGUACAGCACAUCCAAGAUAUCCUGAACGGUGACAUGUGCAAAUGGCGUGCGUCCAUAUAUGGCCACGCACAAGGCUUCAAACGGGCUAUUUCUGACCCGGGCGACCUGCAGAGCGGGGCCUCAAAUCCUUCAGGAAAGAGGGUCCUGCUGGAGCCCAGUUGUCGGCCUCAUUGAGACUGUGUGGACGCAUGGGGUGGACGGACGGGUGGGUCCAGACUGUGAAUAUAAGCUUUUGAGUUGGGAUUGCUGCGACGGGUCAGUAGCUGUGAUGCCCGUCUCACCUUCUGCAGCAGGUUUUUUGUUCGUUAAGUAUCCAUUCAGUGCUGCAACCUCUUCAUAAUUUCACUUUAAUUAUUGGUCCAUAACCAAUAUAAUAGAUGCUUGUCACAUGUAAAAGUCUUCCAAGAUAGUUUGACUUUGGUGACAUGACCCGUUACUAAGCUGUAUGGUAAUGACAUGAGGGUAGGAAGCAUUAUUUAAAUGUUUCAUUUCAGUCAUGCUUUUGCACUUUGACUAUCUAUAUAUACAUAUAUAUAUAUAUAUGCGCUUAUGUUUAUUAUAGGAAGAUUAUGUUUAAAUUCCACUAACCUUUUAUCUCGCUGCUUUCCCAGUUUGUUUUAACUUAUUUAAGUCUAACAUUAGGCCAGGUGGCUGUAGCGGUGUCACACUUUGGUAAUUAGUGCUUCCUUUUAAUACAUGCGUUCGUUUUCCACUGAUUUCUGUACAACAAUAAAUGGAAAAGUGUAAGUGUUAUUUGACAAUGAAAAUGAAGCUUCUGACCAACACAAGGUGUAUAGAAACAGAGCUGUUUGUUUUAUUGGGAGUUUGAGAGCACAGUGUGAUGUGUUGGUUUGGACUAUUACCCCGAGAGGGAAUCAAUGAUUUACUACAGCACAGUUUGGAAUGACAAACACACAAGUCACCGAGGACUUCAGUCACACAAAACACUCUUUCACACACAGACAUGGCUGGGACGUGAUUGUGAUUGCCUGGUGGUUCUCUACACUUGAACACGGCACACAAUUAUUCAGUAUGACAUACAUAGAUCACAGCAUCUUUAGUAAUUUAUCUUUUUUGUGUUUUUUGCUUUGCUUUUUUUUAGUGCACACACGUAUGGCACUUUGGGAGAAGCUAAGCUCUUCUCGUAAGCAUAAACAUCCUUUUUAAGAACAAAAGGAGCACUGUAUAUAAUACAUUUCAUAACCAUACAUGAUUCUUACACAAAAUGUUUCAAAACUCAUCGAAUUCCAGUCUGUAAUGGUCAUCCUCUCUUCCGAGUCCAAAUCCCCUCCCCCCACCCCCCAGCAGCUUCGCGUUGACGUCUCAGUUCAGGGCGGGCCGCUCUUGUGGUUCUGCCGUUUUAGGGGACGUCAUGAGUCAAGGAGAGGGUCGCAGAAGGAGACCAACAAAUGGCACAUACAUAAAAGAAAGAGGAAGGAGCAACUUGGAAAGUAAUGGACCAUUCGGCUCAAUCUCACACACGCAACAGCUCCACUCUAAAACAGAGAGCCCAGGGAGUAGACUUUGGUUAUUUCCGUAGCGUCUCCCCGUCCGCUCUGUGUGAUUCUUCACUCAUCCUCGGGGGCCGGGCUUCUUCUCGCUUCACCAAAGUCACAGAAUCUCUACCCGUCUAAGCGCCGGAGCCACAGUAAUCCCAAAUAUAAUCUCCCAGAGCG